AUACUGUACUGUAACUGUUAGAAAAUGCACUCAAAAAUGUAUUUUCUCAAGGUUUCUGGGUCACUUGCCACAUCUGGCCAAAAAAUGUCAAUCUCAUUCUUUUUCUUCCACGUGUCCUUGAAUGAACAGACCCAGUGAACAGGUUGCCAGGAAACUAUCCAACUGCUCAGUCUGAUUUUAAUUCUCUCUGGACUUAUUUUCAUUCUCGAAGUGUGGGAGAGGACACAGCUUUGUGUGAAUCUAACAACUGUCUGUGAACUUGUAAGAACAUCGGCCAUAGAAGACAAAUCUCUCGGUAAAUCACCAGGUUUCUAUUCAGCGUGGCAAGAUAUCACGUGAGAGCAAUCUGCAUUAUAUAAACAUUUAUAAUUUAGCCAUCUAAGACGAAGUGGAAAGAAGAGUCACCAAAGAAUUGAUCAUGGAAAAACAAUAAUAAUAAUGUUACACUAACACCUACUGGUCAGUGACUGUAUUGGCUCUGUUUUUUAAAACCAGGAAAUGUGUUUUUUUCUUUUUUGUUCAACUUUUACUUUCAAAAUCUGAUUUAUUCACCAAAUAAUUUUUAUUUAAAUUUAUUUAAGUAAGAAAACGUUUCAAAAACAUAUUUAAACUUUAUUUUCCGUUUCCACCUUUUCAGUAUCGAAACCCCUGCCCACGUUGGAUGUACGUGACUCUUACGUCAUUCAAAGUUUCACACUUGUGUUGCCUUUCCUGCUGCUCGUAAAUGUGAGGACCAAAAUAAGCCAAAACAAUAUGGAACACAAAAUAAUGCAUCGUAGGAUAACAGUAAUGUCGAUUUUAAAGUGUGCAACUACCUUAUAAUAUUAAUAUAAUAAUUUUAUUUUUUGAAGCGACGUUAACUGAGUUGUCCCUGUUACUAACGUGUAAUUAUCAGCGAAGUACGUGAAGGCAGCAAAAGUUCACUCCAGAGUUUGGACACCCAUAAUCAUGGAGGAACAACAGUGCAGUUCGGAGCAAAAUUUUAACCCAGACCCAGGGGGAACAGGAACAACACGAGACAGCCAAUGUGAGCAGUGUCCAGAGAAGAUGAUCGGCAGACAGCUGACUGAACAGGGCCGCUUUGCUUAUUCUGCUCUGUGUGGAGUCUCACUGGGGCAGUUAUUUACAGGACCCGAGAACAGAGUUUUCAGGGAAGAGUUCCUGCAGGGACUGGUCAGCUGGCUGAACCUGGAUGAUUCUGUGAUGCCAGUUAUGGCAGCGUUCCUGUCAGGCCUAGGCUUUGAGGGGUCAGACACUUUCCGCUCUAUCCUACAGGCUGAACCUCUGCUGGCUGCAGGGCCGACUCCUAUCAUGCAGGAUUUGGUGUCGUUUUCUGUCAAAGAUGGCCUCUACGAUGCCCGAUCCAGAGUCCUCAUCCGUCAUGUCAGCUGUCUUCUACGCGUCCCUCCUCAGCAGCUGGAGGAGUUUGAGGAAACACUGGGUGAAAGUCUCAAAGAAGCAGGAGAGGAGAGCGAAGAGGAAUCUACUCGGAGACAGAAGAGGGAACGAGUAAGGAAAUUACGACGAUACCUCCUCAUUGGACUAGCCACUGUCGGCGGAGGAACCGUGAUUGGUGUGACAGGUGGUCUUGCAGCCCCUCUGGUGGCAGCAGGUGCUGGUGCCGUGCUGGGGGCCGGUGGAGCUGCUGCUUUGGGUUCAGCCACAGGAAUUGCAAUCAUGGCUUCUCUGUUUGGAGCAGCAGGAGCUGGAUUAACUGGCUACAAGAUGAAAAAAUGUGUUGGAGCCAUAGAGGAAUUUGAAUUUCUGCCACUAAACUCUGGAAAGCAUCUUCACCUGACCAUAACAGUGACUGGUUGGCUGUGCAGUGGUAAAUACAGUUCGUUCCAGGCCCCGUGGUCCAGCCUGGGUGAGUGUGGGGAGCAGUACUGUCUGGUGUGGGAGUCGCGAUUCCUCAAGGACCUGGGCUCUGCUCUGGCCUCUCUGCUGGAUGGACUGGUCAGCAUCGUGGCUCAGGAAGCUCUCAAAUACACAGUACUCUCAGGCAUUGUGACGGCCCUGACAUGGCCUGCGUCACUGCUGGCUGCUGCCAGUGUCAUUGACCAUCCCUGGUGUGUUUGUCUGAACCGAUCAGCUGAGGUGGGGAAACAUCUGGCUCAGGUUCUUCGAAGUAGACAGCAGGGGAAACGUCCCGUCAGCCUCAUAGGUUUCAGUCUUGGGGCAAGAGUCAUCUACUACUGUCUGCAAGAGCUGGCCAAAGACCAAGGCUGUGAAGGAGUAGUGGAGGACGUGGUCCUCCUGGGGGCCCCAGUGGACGGUUCUGAGAAAUCCUGGGAGCGUAUGACCAGAGUGGUGGCUGGGAAAAUAGUGAAUGGAUACUGCAGAGGGGACUGGCUCCUGGGGUUCUUGUACCGAAGUUCAGCAGCACAGCUCUCAGUUGCCGGGCUACAACCAAUCAACAUCCAAGAUCGGCGCAUAAUCAAUGUGGAUCUUUCCUCUGUGGUGAAAGGACACUUGGACUACAUGCGUCAGAUGGACACCAUCUUGGUGGCAGUAGGAGUUCCAACUAAAGAAACACCUGGAGCUUUGAUCACGCUGCCAGAGAAUGAAAAUGUUGAACAGGACUCAGGACCUCAACGAGACUGUAGUGAGAACCAGGUGAUUGAGCCAGAAAACACUGUUGAGAUGGCAGAGACCAAAGAGAAGGAGAAGGUGUGGGAGAACGAGGAGGUGGGUGAUGGUUGGGACAUUCCUGACAUCUCCUACCUGCUGGGUUCUUCCAGUGACACAGAAACAGAGAAUCAAACCACAGACCAUUUACCUCCUACUGUGGAGGAUAACGACAGUAAUAAAGACUGUGGAGGUCAGAGUGCCGCAGCAGAUGAAGGAGAGCCCCUGGACAAUGAGCACGUCUCAUGGAGCUGGGAUGAUACACACUGGACCACAGAGCAGAAAUGAAGACAACGGGACAUGGGAAGAGCAUGUUGCAGGACCAGCGGCUAACUCCUUAUUUCCUACUUCUUCCCACUGCAUGCAACUUUGUUGGAGACAACAUUCAUUCCAUUCACAACACGGUGAUGAGCCAGCACCAGAGACAGUGGACGAAUAUGGCAGCUCUGAGUGAAAGGCCCUGGAGUGGACUGCUUUGUUGAUCUUAAAUAGUUAGUAAUUGUCAGUUGAAAAUCUAAAUAUUUAUUUGCUAAACUCAAGGUGAACUUACAUUUCUGUAAAUACCACAAGUGUUGGUAUUACUUCAGGUAUUACAGUACUUCUGUUUCUCUCUAUCACUUUACUCUGUUACUUUAUGUGUCAGUAUUUAUUUAGAGAAUGUAUUUGGUCCAUGGUCCAAACUUAAACCCACAGUAAUGUGAAAAGGGGCUUACUCAAAAAAACCGUCUUACAGAAAACAACAUUAAAAGUCACUCCGUGAGUGUGGGCAGAAGUAACAUAGGCAAGAACACACAGAUCUGCCAGUUACAAACCGCAGACUUUUAGAUUGUGCUUUGAUUUGGACUUCACACAAUACAUCUGUUAUUUUACAAGGACUGUUAACCAAAAACAGUGGCAACUCAUCAGGAACUAGCUCAUGUUGCACAGCACUUGUAACAACACUUUAAAAAACAUACAUUUGCUAUAACAGGUUCAUGAAACAAAGGAAAACUAAGACCAAAUUUUAAAUAACUUUGCUUACAUAGGUGAUGUUCUGUUCAUUUGAGAUGUAGCCAUUUGUAACCAUGGAGAGAAAAAAAAGUUUUCUCUACAUGUUUUUAUUUUUGCAAUACAUUCAAUAAUUAAGUCAUCAUUAAUCAUGGAUUUCCAAAAAUAAUAAUUACCAAUACUGUAGUAUUACUGUUAUAAAUGCUAAUUAGAUUAGUCCAGGUUGCCAACCUGAUUAGGAAGAAGUAGAGGCAACUCAAUUGCUGCCUGCUCUGCAUCCAGCAGGUUGACGGCAUCAGUGGCAGUGGCUGGGGCGUGAGCGGGGUCAGAUGGCAGUGGGGAAGGAGGAUUGCUGGCAAUGUUAGGUUCUCCUGAGUUGCGCAAAGAGAGGGAGAGCACCGGUGAGGGUCUCCUGGGCGACUGCGAGGAACAGCAGGGCAGGAGCCUGGCUAAAGCUCGCUUGAAGUCUCUCAUAAAAAGUGGGUAGAUGAUGGGGUUCAUUGUGCUGUUGCAGUAGCCCAACCAUGUGAUGGCGUCAAAGACUGCAUGAGGGACACACUCACACACAGCCUAAACAAAAGUAGAUUAAAAAAACAGGGAUUUGGGUUAUUUAGAGCAGACAACUAAAUAAAAUAAUAACAGGGUUGUCCCUAAACCAUUUUUGUACAAAUAGAUACAAGAGUGAGUAUUUUCAUUUGUUUACUUGAUGGAACUGUAGUGAUACUGAUACUUCUUUAGGUUGGGCUUCAAUAAAUAUGUAAUGAAUUUGAA